CAGCGCUAUCGAAGGGAAAUGCCUAGCUGGCCUAUGCAGCUAUGCUGCAUGCAUGCUGCCCUAUGGCUAGAUGCAAAUUAUGUCCUUGAAAGUAAGUUCCAGCAUGGCCGUGUUGGGCAAUGCUGCGAUUUCACUGUUUGUGGCUCUUGCUGCAUGGGCCUUUCUCGCAUUGCCAGAAAGAAGCGAUGGAAGCAGCGUGUUCCAGAUUGUCCAUGGCAGCAAGGAUCUGCUUUCGACCUGCGGCCUGUUGAGCGAGGAUGAGUUCACACUGUAUAGUCAGCGCGUUGUGACCCCACAUGGGGUGAUCCCUGCAGCAGUGCAUGUCAGAGGGGGGGUGAUCCAAUCAGUCAUCUCCAGCCCCAACGGCCCCCCAGACGGUCCUUUUCCUGUGCACGACUACGGGAGAUCUGUCAUCAUGCCUGGACUGAUCGACUCGCACGUGCAUAUGAAUGAGCCUGGAAGGACAGACUGGGAGGGGAUGGCCACUGGGACUCAGGCAGCGGCCGCGGGCGGUUUCUCCACUGUGGUGGACAUGCCGCUGAAUAACAUUCCCAUAACCACGACGCCCGAGGCCUUGGCCGUCAAGUUGAAAGCUGCGGAGGGCAAACUUUCUGUGGACGUCGGCUUUUGGGGAGGGCUGACUCCAGAGAACGCCGUCAACGAAACGAAGCUCUCGGAGCUGCUCGAAGCCGGAGUCCUCGGUCUGAAAGCCUUUCUUUGUCCUUCCGGUACCGAGUUCCCUCAGACCACUCCUCAGCAGAUUGAGUCCGCUUUGCCGGUUCUCGGACGAUACGGCCUACCAUUACUGGUCCAUUCGGAGCUGCCCAUGCCGGUCCCCAAGCCAUCCGGUUCCCCCCAAAAGUACGAAACGUACCUUAAGACGAAACCGCCUGAGGGGGAGAGAGCCGCCAUUGCGGCCCUUAUCGCAGCCUCCCGAUCAAGCCCCGCCGCCGCCAAGGCGCACAUUCACAUCGUCCACUUGGCAGACGCCGAGAGCCUCGCCGUCAUUAAUGCCGCACGUGCGACCGGCGCCAAUCUGACGGUCGAGACGUGCAAUCAUUACAUCACCUUUGCGGCGGAGGACAUCCCCGAUAAGCACACGGAAUACAAGUGCGCGCCGCCGAUAAGGGACUGCGCGAACCGGGAUAAGCUAUGGGAAGGGCUGCGCAGCGGGGGGAUCGACCAGCUGGCGUCGGACCACUCGCCGUCCCCCCCGGAGCGGAAGUUUCUGAAGGAAGGGGACUUCCUCCGAGCGUGGGGGGGAAUCUCGUCGAUUGGGCUCGGACUGCCCGUGACGUGGACGCGGGCGAAAGCAGUGGACGCGACACUCGAGGACGUCGCGCGGUGGUGGAGCGCAGCGCCUGCGAAGCUGGCCGGCUUGAAACGCAAGGGCUCCAUCGAAGCAGGCAAAGACGCGGACUUCGUCAUCUGGGACCCGGAGGCUGUGUAUACCAUUACCGAGGACAUGAUCUAUUUCAAACACAAGCUGACGCCCUACACGGGCAUGGAAGUGAGCGGCAAGGUGGAGCACACUUUUGUCCGCGGUCAGUUGGUGUUUUCCAAGGGCGAGUUUCCGACUACGCUCUGCGGGCAGCCGAUCCUUCAGUUUCCGCACAAGAAGUUCAGGGCAGCGGCCAGUGCUUGAACGUGCAGUGUGUUUGCAAGUGUAGCUUGUAGGAAAUUGUCUAGUAUGUACUUAGGUGUUGGAAAUGCAGCUGCAUUCUGGAUCAAGAUAGAUCUGCUUUUGUGUUGCGGAAAGACGGCGGUAUUUGACGCCUUGCCGAAGGUCAAGUGUAAAUUAUGAUGCAAGGUGGACUUUGCGCGUUGGUUGUGCAGCUAAAAAUUGGCGGACUGCUUCGUUCGAUAAGUUUUCAGCUCUGAUGCAGUAUCAAUGUACAUUGGGGAUGCUUUGUGUGCAUGUGCGAGGAGUACG